UUUAAUCCGCAUCUCCCCCUCGAUUCUGUCGCGGAAUCUCCUACUCCUGCUCCAGUGACAUGAUGCGAUAUUGCGACCUUUCAUGAAGCAGCAGCAGGUUCUUGGAUCGAUCCCGCGCGCCGCUGCCGGUAACUCUCGUCUCCAUGGCGCCGCCGCAGAGGAUCUCGAUCGUCCGCGACGAGGAGACCGCCGCCGACGACACGCCAACGGCCAAGAAGACGCUCAGGGCCGAGUCCAGAGUCCCGCUCACCAGGUGGGAGGCGGCUGCCGCGGCCGCUGUGUUCUUGAUCUUCGCCGUUGGACUGUUCUGUAUCUUGUUCACCAUGCCCGAGGCCGAGUACGAUAAGAUCCUCAGGGUGCCGCGCAACCUCUCCGACCUCCGCGUCCUCAAAGAUAAUUUGGCUGUUUAUGCCAGAGAUUACCAAGCCAAAUUUGUAUUAGGAUAUUGUUCAAUCUACAUCUUUAUGCAGACAUUCAUGAUACCUGGUACCAUAUUCUUGUCAUUACUGGCUGGAGCUCUUUUUGGGGUCAUAAAAGGUGUUAUUCUGGUUGUUUUCUCUGCAACUUCUGGUGCUUCAUCCUGCUAUUUCCUUUCCAAGUUAAUUGGCAGGCCUUUGGUCAGCUGGAUGUGGCCUGAAAAGUUGAGAUUUUUCCAAUCAGAGAUAGCAAAACGCAGAGAAAGGCUGCUAAAUUACAUGCUCUUUUUGAGGAUAACCCCAUCUUUACCUAACACAUUCAUAAAUCUGGCAUCUCCAAUUGUUGAUGUUCCUUUUUGCAUUUUCUUUCUUGCAACGUUGGUUGGUCUUGUUCCAGCAUCUUACAUAACUGUCAGAGCUGGUCUGGCUCUCGGGGACUUGAAGUCUGUUAGGGAUCUCUAUGACUUCAAGACAUUGGCGGUCCUGUUCCUUAUUGGAUUCGUCUUCAUAUUUCCAACAAUCCUAAAGAGAAAGAGAACAUAUGAAUGAGGCAGCUUGCUUGGCGUUGACUUUUUUGCUUUCUGUGACGAAUUAUUGUUCUCAGUCACCGGAACAUUAGAAAAAGAAACAGGACUCCUCACUAGUCUGCUUCCCUAAGUUCCAUGACGUCAGCUUAAGGAUGCGAUCGUCACUUGAGUGCGAGUGGAUUGGAGACGGCGGGGCCAACGGAGUUGCUAGCGUUGUGAGUCCCAAUUGGAUUGGAGACGGUCCUCAAAUAAAAAAUGUAGGGAAAAAACAUGACGUAUAUAAUUGUUUUUUAUGUCAUUCUAUGUUUCGUUAGGUUUUGAUAUGCAAAACAUUAUUUUUGUUUUCAUAAAUAGUCAUGAAGCUUUAAAACAGGCAUUAUGACAAUAGGAAUGAAGCAUCACUGUAUCAUUAUUA